UGGACUCCUUUGGCGCCCUACGGUUUCUAUGCAGGUAACUAGGAAGUGAACCACUGAAGCUCCUCCUCCCACGUGUAUCCGCAGGAACCGGCGGCGGCGUGACGCGUGUAGAACAGACAGACCGACCGACCGACCGAAACCGGAGGGACAGAGUCAGGACUGAAGAUGGCAGAUGAUCCGAACGCGGCUGACAGAAAUGUUGAAAUCUGGAAGAUCAAGAAACUCAUCAAGAGUCUGGAAGCGGCGAGAGGUAAUGGGACCAGCAUGAUCUCGCUCAUCAUUCCUCCUAAAGAUCAGAUCUCCAGAGUGGCCAAGAUGUUGGCAGAUGAGUUCGGUACGGCGUCAAACAUCAAGAGUCGAGUGAACCGACUGUCAGUGUUGGGAGCCAUUACCUCAGUCCAGCAGAGACUCAAACUCUAUAACAAAGUGCCUCAUAAUGGUCUGGUGGUUUACUGCGGCACCAUAGUGACAGACGAAGGCAAAGAGAAGAAAGUGAACAUCGAUUUUGAGCCAUUCAAACCCAUCAACACCUCCCUGUACCUCUGUGACAACAAGUUCCACACGGAGGCUCUGACGGCGUUAUUGUCAGACGACAGUAAGUUUGGGUUCAUAGUCAUUGAUGGUAGCGGGGCUCUGUUCGGGACUCUACAGGGAAACACCAGAGACGUGCUGCACAAAUUUACUGUGGACCUUCCUAAAAAACACGGAAGAGGAGGUCAGUCCGCGCUGCGUUUCGCUCGGUUAAGGAUGGAGAAGAGACACAAUUACGUGAGGAAGGUGGCAGAGACGUCUGUGCAGCUCUUCGUGUCCAACGAUAAAGUCAACGUGGCCGGACUGGUGCUGGCCGGAUCCGCAGAUUUUAAAACGGAGCUCAGCCAAUCUGACAUGUUCGACCCGAGGUUACAAGCGAAAGUGUUGAAGCUGGUCGACAUCUCUUACGGAGGAGAGAAUGGCUUCAAUCAGGCCAUUGAGCUCUCCGCUGAAGUCCUGUCCAACGUCAAAUUCAUACAGGAGAAAAAGCUGAUAGGGCGAUACUUCGACGAGAUCAGUCAGGACACAGGGAAGUAUUGUUUCGGCGUGGACGACACACUGAAGGCGAUGGAAAUGGGAGCUGUUGAAAUUCUCAUUGUCUAUGAAAACUUGGAGACAAUGAGAUACGUCCUGAGAAUGCAUGGCGCAGAGGUCAACGGCUUGGAGAACGAUGAGAAAGUCAUUCAUUUGACCCCAGAACAAGAGAAGGACAAGUCCCACUUCAUAGACAAAGAGACGGGUCAGGAACACGAGCUCAUCGAGGUCAUGCCGCUGCUGGAGUGGUUUGCCAAUAGCUAUAAGAAGUUCGGCGCGACUCUGGAGAUCGUGACUGAUAAAAGCCAAGAGGGGUCGCAGUUUGUCAAGGGUUUCGGAGGAAUCGGAGGUAUUUUGCGGUACCGAGUGGAUUUCCAGGGGUUGGACUACCAGGCAGAAGAUGAUGAGCUUUUUGACUUGGAUGAUUACUAGAUUUUUCCACCCUGAAUCCACCACUAGUUCUCUUCCUUUGAGUUUUUUUUUUUAUUGGCAAUCGCUGCUGCUGUAUUUUAUGACAGUGUGGUAUUUUUUACAUGGGUUUAUGUAAAGAAUGGGGGAGAAACAAAAUAAAUUUGAAAAUGCUGAAACUUC